CGGGGUUUAUGUACAAGUACGCCUAGCCCAAACAAAGAUAUUAUGAGAAUAUGAAACGGUAUACUGCGCAGAGGCAUGACAGUACCGUGAUCAUGCGAUGCCUGUGGUAUUUUCGAUUAGUUCUGAACUAACGUAUCUCACAAACAGGAUCCACAACAACAGGGAACGACAGAGGUGGCAAAUGAGAAUCAAGUCACGUACUACAACAGGAACACGAUAUUUGCUGCCUUGUCGCAAGGGGCUCAAAUGGCGGAGGAGGCCACCAAGAUGGAAGUUAAUGGCAAAAUUUGGCCAUCGCGACUUCCCAAUUACUCUGCCCCACCGAGGGGAGUUGUUCAUCAACGACCAAACAUUGGUGACGCUAACUGGGAUGCUCAUAGUUGUGGGCAAUCCCAAUUGCUUCUGUUUCCCCUACAUGGUCGUUACAAUCCCCGAAGGACGGUACCAUAUGUGAUGCCAAGAGUGACUUUCGACACUGUUGUAUUCCAACGUAACGGCCGAUCAGAACAAGGUGCCUGGCGUUACGUUGGCGUGCUUACCAACCGUUUUUGGUCUAUCAAUGAUGCUUCACGGGCUAUCACCCCGGUAAUAGCACACUGGAAUUGGGGCUGGCUGGGGGACCCACGCCAGCUAGGUACAAUCGAUAGGAGAGUCCAUGAUUCAGUGGAUGAUGUAAAUUCGGUUCUUCAAUAUCCCGGACUGGACCGAUUGGCUUCAGUAAUCGUGACGCCAGGCAUGGGUGCUGACGUUGGCAAAGACAGUGCCAGCAGCUCCAGCAAUAGCAACUUUGGUGUCGGCGGCAUGCCAGGUUGGCCUGGAGGUCAUGGCACCGGCGAUGAAGCAGGGCUCCCGAGCUUGGCGUCAUUACAGCUUCCCAGUUCUAACCACGGUAAUAUCGGUAAUACUCCGAGCGGGAGCAGGGGCCAUGCCGUCAGUUAUGGAACAGGACAUACAGACCUAGCUACGUCCCAAAAAUCUUACCCUGCUUACGGUAAUAUCAAUACUACUUCGAGUGGGAGCAGGACUUAUAACGUCAAUUCUGGACAAAGACUCCCGAGCUUGGCCUCGCUACAGCUUCCUGGCUCUAAUUACGGAAAUAGCGGUAAUACUCCAAGGGGGAGUGGGAGUGGGGGUUAUACCGUCAAACAUGGAACAGGAUAUGCGGACUUGACUAAGUCUCAGGACUCUUACGCUGCAUAUGGUAUUACCACCAGUUCCCGGGGUGAAAAUUACUGGGACUCAAACAAAGGAAAAGGUCCUCAACCGCCACCUCCGCCUGGAGCUGGGGGCGGGAUUAGCAGAUGAAUGGUUAAGCACUAAUUGACCUCAUUACAUUCUCAAGUUUAAAAGCAUGUAUGGCCUUGGCGAAGAAUGCCUAACCUCGUACCCGCUAUUACAACAAAACGGAUACUCAAGUAUAUACUACCUAAAUAUCACUAAGGAAGCGAAACUCUGAAUUGUAGUAACUUGACACAUG